AUGAGCAGAGGGACCGGCGGUACAGUUGGACUUCGUCACGGCACCUUCAACAGCUCCAAUCGCCAGGUCAGCGCCGGCGCUGUCUGGGGUGCCGGAGGAAGUGCCGCUGCCACCGGCAUCACAGCUGUCCCAGAUGGCCGGGUUCUUGAUGCGCCAGCACUUCGAGAUGACUACUACUGCUCUUUGUUGGCUUACUCGCCUUCCGUCAAAUGUCUGGCCGUUGGACUGAGCGACCACGUCUAUCUCUGGUCAGAACAUCGCGGUGUCGACACCCCCGACAGUCUCAAUGCACCCUACACUGCUCAUGUCACAUCACUAGCGUUCUCGUCAACUCAAGGCGGCCGGGCAAUCCUUGCAACCGGCCGUGCUGAUGGACGCAUCACUCUUUGGAGUCCCUUCGACGAAGGACCACGCUUCGACUCUGAGCAGCCGCAUCCUGUAUCAUGCGUCUCUUUCCGGCCUGCUGUCGUUAAGCGGCCGUCACUACGGGAUCCUUAUGUUACAGUCGAGACCGAAGAGCUUUUGGUAGGCGACGAAGCUGGCCAUAUCUAUGUCUACUCUAUCGAAUGGCCCUCGUCAAAUGACCGCGAUCUGUUCGCCUGGCAUGGCGCAAUGACUCUUCUUGCGCGUAUGACCGCACACAGUCAACAGAUCUGUGGGAUCGCCUGGUCGCGAGACGGCUCCCUCUUCGCUACGGGCGGAAACGACAACAUCUGCUUGCUUUUCGAAAUGAAGGCAGUCACUUCUCCGGUCCCAGCUCCUGGCCGCGUCCUUGCCAUCGACGCGAGCCACGCCAAGCACGAGUUCGUACUUAGUGCCGCAAUCAAAGCACUCGCUUUCAGCCCUCACCACCCUUCCCUCCUAGCCCUCGGCGGCGGCAGCAACGAUCGGCAUAUCCACUUCUACCACGCCGGCUCAGCAGCACCGCUGGCGAGCAUCAACUGUUUCGCUCAGGUGACGUCCCUCGUGUGGUCGAACACCAGGAACGAGGUUUGCGCGACCUUCGGUUUCGCCCAGCCAGAGCACCCGUACCGCAUCGCCGUCUUUGCUUGGCCGAGCUGCCAACAGGUCGUAGCGAUCCCGUGGGCCGAGGGCGGGCGAGCUCUAUGGAGCAUUCCGUAUCCUGGCGGACCGGAGACGGGUAGGAGUAGGGGCGAAGGUGGAACCUGGUGCCGGCGCACCGAGCAGGAGGGCUGCAUUGUUGUCGCGACCAGUGAGAGCAGUAUCAAGUUUCAUGAGGUGUGGAGUGAGGACAGGAGGAUUAAGGGUGGGCUCGGCUCGCUGGGUGGGAGCAACAUUCUGGAGAGCUUGGAAGGUCUUGACCGAGAUGAAGGGUUGGCUAUUAGGUAG